AUGAACAGCCUGGCGCGCGUCUUUAGCAACUUCCGGGACUUCUACAGCGAGAUCAAUGCGGCAACCUUGACGGGGGCCAUCGAUGUGAUCGUGGUGGAGCAGAAGGACGGGGAGUUCCAGUGCUCGCCCUUCCAUGUGCGCUUCGGCAAGAUGGGUGUGCUGCGCAGUCGCGAGAAGGUGGUGGAUAUCGAAAUCAAUGGCGCCCCCGUGGACAUUCAGAUGAAGUUGGGCGACGCCGGCGAGGCCUUCUUUGUGGAGGAAUGCCUCGAGGAUGACGACGAUGAGCUGCCAGCGAAUCUGGCCACAUCGCCCAUACCCUUGAGCUUCAUGAAUCUGCGGGAGCACGGCAACGACACCAUGGAGGACAUCAGCGGUGUGACAGCCGACAAAAACGCUAGCGAGGAGCUGCAGAUUCCCUUGCCGCUGCCGCGACGCAACUCCAUUGACUUCUCCAAGGAGGAGCCCAAGGAAGCGGCCGCAGAUGGCAAUCAUUUCGAGAAUCAGGCCUCUGACUACACGAAGCGCAGGCACACAGACAAUACACUGGAGCGGCGCAAUCUGAGUGAGAAGCUCAAGGAGUUCACCACACAGAAGAUACGUCAGGAGUGGGCGGAGCACGAGGAGCUCUUCCAGGAGAAGAGCGAGAAGAAGCCAGCAGAAGCAGAGCUGGAAAAAGAUAGGCAGCCCGAGGCGGGGGAGGAAGUGGAAAAGGAGAAGGAAAAGGAGCAGCCCAAAGCCGAUAUUACCGUGUCUUCGGUGGCGGCCAGCGAGGUCGUCAAAGAUGUGUCCAAGAGCAAGACCAAGAAGCGGCGCAAGAAGACGCAGAUGAAGAAGAAUGCACAGCGGAAAAACUCCUCGAGCAGUUCUGUGGGUAGCGCUGCCGGCGGCGACGUCACCACCACCAAGGAGGGCGUGGCGACAGUGGACAACAUUGAUGAGGGCGAUGCCACCGCCCCCGCCACCGCCGUGGCGAUCAUCGCCGCCAACAACUCGGCCAACUCCUCAUCCAACGACGAGCUUCCCUCAGCCUCACUGCUCACGGCCCACACCGGGAUCGACAGCGCGAAGGACGACGAGCCCAAGGCAAUCGCAAACCCAACGGCGAAGCAGCGUCUAGACCUGGAUAUGUACUUCUUCAGCGAUACAGAGAUCACUGGGCCAUCGGGCGGCGCUACCAACCGUCCCCCCAGCCCCUUUCAGAGCGAUAGCGAGCUGGAGACAACGAUACGGGCACGGGAUCAGCGCCAAUUCGACCAGACCGCUGCCAAUUGGAAUUGGGGCGAACUGCCCGACCAGGCCAAAACGGAGUCGAUCAAUGAAGCCGAUGCACAGCAGGUUGAUCGACAAUCGAUGCUCAGCAACGUGUUUAGCUUCAUGAAGAAGGCCAAUCGGCUGCGCAAAGAGGUCGGCAACGAGGCGGGAGACAUAUAUCUAUCCGACUUGAACGAAUCCAUGGAUCCGGAGAUGGCGGCCCUCUAUUUUCCCAGUUCCAAGUUGAAGGAGGGCUCGACAGCCACGAUCCUGGAGGAAGAUCGGGAGAGCGGCAACGGCACCAGCCUGCCACACUCGCCCAGCUCCCUGGAGGAGGGUCAAAAGAGUAUGGACUCGGACUUUGAUGAAAACAAACAGCAGCGUGACAAAAAAUAUUUGGACUUUGUGGCCAUGUCCAUGACUGGCAUGCCAGAGCACGGAGGCCCCCCCUCGGAGGAGGACUUUGACCGUCAUCUGGUCAGCUACCCGGACGUAUGCGCAAACCCCAGUCUGUUCUCAUCGCCAAACCUAGUCGUACGUUUAAAUGGCAAAUACUAUCCCUGGACGGCAGCAUGCCCCAUUGUAAUGACAAUGAUUGCCUUCCAGAAGCCACUAACCGAAGAUGCCAUUGAACAGCUCAUGUCGCAAACUGGCGAGGGCGGUAAGCAGGAAAUGCCCGAAGCUGCCCAGGCCGGGCCUGCGGGUCAAACAAAGCGCUACUGGUGGAGCUGGAGGCGCCCACAGGAUGUGGCGCCUAACCGUGUCAGCCACGACUUAGCCCCCAGCAAAGACGAGAAAGAUGGUGAUAAUGCUGCAGCUGUAGCCACGCAAACAUCACGACCACUCUCCCCCACGGACAAUAGCGAGCCGACGCCAAGCAAGAGCGACUCUCUGGCAGAGAAUGCAGAGAACACCUCGGCGCUGGUCGACAACCUCGAGGAGCUGACUGGCGCCACAAACAAGAGCGAUGAACCCAAGGAGCGCUACAAGAAAUCCCUGCGCCUUAGCUCGGCAGCCAUUAAAAAACUAAACCUUAAAGAGGGCACAAACGAGAUCGAGUUCAGCGUGACGACUGCUUACCAGGGAACGUCGCGCUGCAAGUGCUACUUGUACCGCUGGAAGCACAACGACAAGGUGGUGAUCUCGGACAUUGAUGGGACCAUUACCAGGUCCGAUGUGCUGGGCCACAUAUUGCCGAUGGUCGGCAAGGACUGGGCCCAACUGGGAGUGGCACAGUUGUUCUCGAAGAUCGAGCAGAACGGCUAUAAGCUGCUUUACCUGUCGGCCCGUGCCAUCGGCCAGUCCCGACUGACACGCGAGUAUCUGCGCUCGAUCAGGCAGGGUAAUGUGAAGCUGCCCGAUGGGCCUCUGUUGCUGAAUCCCACCUCCCUGAUAUCGGCAUUCCAUCGCGAGGUUAUCGAGAAGAAGCCGGAGCAGUUCAAGAUCGCUUGCCUGUCGGACAUUCGGGAUCUCUUCCCCGAAAAAGAGCCCUUCUACGCCGGCUACGGCAACCGGAUCAAUGAUGUCUGGGCCUAUCGGGCUGUGGGCAUUCCUAUAAUGCGCAUCUUCACCAUCAACACCAAGGGCGAGCUGAAGCACGAACUGACCCAAACAUUCCAAUCCUCAUACUGCAGCAUGACGUACAUUGUGGAUCAGCUAUUUCCCCCGGUGAAGCUCGACGAGGCCGCCACUGAAUUCUCCAACUUCAACUACUGGCGCGACCCCAUACCCGACCUGGUUAUACCCGAGCUGGAGACGGCGCUGGUACCGCCGAGCCCUAACGUUGAUAAAGCCACACUGCGACCCAUUCCCGAGAAGUAGAUCAUACACCACUAACAUAACAUAAAUAGAUUCAUACCCCCAAUACAUACUAUAUAUAUAUAUAUUUAUAUGUGCAACUAUAAAACUAUAUAGCACGUGGAUCCAUUUGAAAUUGAUUUACCUAGCUUCAAAUUCUAGAUGUGCUUACCAAAAAUACGAGUAUCGAUAUGUCGUUUGUAUAAGCUUAGCAAGGAUUCAAGAUCCCCAUACGCAACCCGCCAUUUCGCCUUGUUUGAGUUUCCUUAUUUGAUAAAGAAUUAGAUAUGCUGUACCCUUACUGUAAGUUCCUUUCAGACUCGUGCAAGUUCUUAGAGUUUAAUAAGAUGGAAUAUAAAAAGAAUGUGUAUUCCAAAUGCCGGUCUGGAGUUGUGAUUUAUGAUUUCAUUAUGUUCCGUAUGUGAUCAUUUAAAAUUAGUUUAUUGUGAUGACGGUUUUUAUUUGGAGUUUUUCUGAAAACUAUGCUUUAUACCUUACCUAUUAUAUACGAGUAUAU